AUGGUUAUGGUUAUGGAUUCAGUUACUUGUUCUUGGUUUCAAGGCUUAUUUUUGUUAGCAUUGGUUUGGUUUUUUAACUAUGGAAGUGUUGAUGGAGCUUCCAAUACAGUGAAAGUUGGAAAUAUUUCAAAAGUGGAAGAUGCUGUGAAUUUUCAUAUUUACUAUGGCCAGACCUUCAAGGUCAUUAAGAAUGCUGUUGAUGGCCAGAGCUAUCUUCUUCUUCAGAGUAACUCAAGGAUUGCUUCAAGGACUAAAUAUUGCACUUCAAGAAUCAAAUCAUUUGUCAUACCCUUGUCGAAUUUUUCUGUUGAUACAGAUUCUUUUCCUGUUUCCUUCUUAGAGCAUUUAGGCUUAUUAGAGAGCUUGAAAGGCGUAACAUCAGACACUGUGGCUUCACCAUGUGUGUUGAAAUUGUAUAAAGAAGGACAGGUUGAAAUGUUGAACAAAAGUGAUUAUCAAAUGAUUUCGCAGUUUUCUGCACAUUUCUUUAGUGACACUGAUCAACAUUCAGCUUGCAAUUUUGCAACUACAGUUCCUUCUUCAGAAGAUACCCCUUUGCAGAGAGCAGAAUGGAUUAAGUUCAUAGGAGCUUUUGCAAAUGUCGAAGCUCGAGCCAAUCAAGUCUAUACUGCAGUUAAGGAGAACUAUCUGUGCUUGGCCGAAAUCGCAAAAUCUCGAACUUCAUUCAAGCCAACUGUAGCUUGGAUGAAGUAUAACAAUGGUGUUUGGUCUUUUACUAAGGAAGCAUAUUAUUUGAAGUAUGUCGAAGAUUCCGGAGGCGAGAUUUUGGAUGCCAACAAGAACACAUACAAUGUUUCUGAUCCUGAUGACUUAGAAGAAUUGCAUGCCAUCCUAUGUACUGUGGAAGUAGUGAUUGAUGAAACAUUAACUUCUGAUCCUGUCAACUAUACAUUAUCGACGUUUAUCCAAAAUCUAAACGUUGAAGACCGUUCUUGUUUUUCGUUUCUAACAAACACAAGCCUAUGGCGAUAUGACAAACGGAUUCAAACUUCGUCUCUUGACUGGUACAAUGGAGCAGUCGCGCAACCUCAAUUGGUAUUAGCAGAUCUUAUUGAAGUUUUAUUUCCAACUGGAAAUUACAACAUCACUUAUUUUAGGAACAUUGUUAAGGGAGAAACACCUAUAAACAUUGGUCCUGAAAUGUGUGACAGGGAAACAUCCUCAACAUUGGAUCCUACAAUAGUACCAUGUGGAUGA